AUGUUGUGGUCCACCCUGAACCGGUUGAUACCAUCAACUUCUUACCACUUCCAUGUAAACAGCGCGCUCCCACGGGAAACUCAACUGAACCUCGCCCUGGAUACGUUGAAGUUUGAUCUGCUGGACGUCAGGUGCACACGAGAGAUAAACGCAUAUACAGGCUCAUCAUUCAGCAGCAAGUCUUCCGGUAUGUUUGUCUUCUACAAUUAUGCCAGGAUCUCCACAAUUCUUGACAAGUUCAGACAUCAUGUUCUUGAAUUUGAUUGCACGGAUGUGCCGGCACCUGAUCAGAUCGAUGUUUCCCUCUUCAAAGUCGAUAUGGAAUGGACGUUGCUGUUUCAAUACAUUGUGGAAUAUCCAUCUGUGCUGAGAAGAUGUCUUAUGACUGAUGACGCUGAUGACAACCGCCUGAUGAGUGUUCAGACGCAUAAGCUGUGUCAAUUCCUGUGCGGUCUAUCAGCCUGCUUCAGUAAGUAUUACAGCAAGACCAAGAUAUUGCUCGUGAAUGAGAAGCAUCAGUGGCCGGUGAUGCACGCCCGCAUAUCGCUGAUCACCAUCAUACGCAACAUUUACCUCCACGCAUUCAACUUGCUAGACAUCACGCCAUUUAACAGAUUGUGA